UCAGACUGCCUUUGUAAUCACUUCUGAAAACCUCUUGUUGGCACAUGAUGGAUUGGAUGGAUCCUCUUUCCAUAUUUUUCCUGUUGGUCCUUACAGUGACUCUUCUUUGGAAAAUGGGCAGUUUCAGCAAGGGCAGCGGCCAAAAUUUCCCCCCAGGACCGAGACCAUUGCCGUUUAUUGGAAGUCUCCACCUCCUAGAUCUGAAGAGGCCUUACAUGACCAUGUGCAAGUUAUCCAAGCAGUAUGGGCCUGUGUUCAGCAUUCAAAUGGGAACUCAGAAAAUGGUAGUGCUGACUGGGUAUGAGACUGUAAAGGAGGCUUUGGUGAACCAGGCCGAUGCUUUUGCUGAGAGGGCCUUCAUCCCAAUAUUUGAAGAAUUUAUGAAGGGCUAUGGUAUCGUUUUCUCUCAUGGUGAGAACUGGAGAGUGAUGCGGCGGUUUUCCUUAACUACCUUACGGGACUACGGAAUGGGCAAGAGGACCAUCGAAGACAGGAUUGUUGAGGAGUGUGGUUUCUUGAUAAAGAUCUUUGAAUCUUAUGAAGGAAAACCAUUCGAGAACACUGCAAUUAUGAAUGGUGCCGUUUCCAAUAUUAUAGUGUCGAUAUUACUUGGCAAACGAUUUGAAUAUGACGAUUCCACAUUUAUAAGACUGCUGAGAUUGGUCAAUGAAAACGCUCGGCUUUUUGGAAGCCCUUCAGUCCAGCUAUAUAACAUGUUUCCUGCUCUGGGCUUCCUGUUUGGAGCUUGCAAGACAGUCAUGAAUAACAGAGAUGAGCUGUAUGCCUUCAUACAGGCCACCUUCAUAGAAUCCCUUAAAGAACUGGAUGCAAACGACCAGAGAAACUUGAUUGAUUCUUUCCUUAUUCGGCAGCAAGAGGAGAAGACCCAGUCUAACAGGUUUUUCCAUAAUGAAAACCUUAAGGCACUAGUGGGUAACUUAUUCGCUGCUGGCACAGAGACCACUUCAACCACACUACGCUGGGGCCUGUUGUUAAUGAUGAAGUACCCUGAAAUUCAGAGCAAAAAGUCCGAAAGGAAAAGAAAUACGCGCGAGGUGAUUGGGUCUGCUCAGCCACAGACAGAACAUCGUGCAAAAAUGCCAUACACGGAUGCAGUAAUCCAUGAAAUCCAGAGGUUUUCUAAUAUUAUCCCAGCAAACGUGCCACAUGCAACCACUGUGGAUGUCGCUUUUAAAGGCUACUCCAUUCCCAAGGGAACUUAUAUCCUCCCGUUGCUGUGCUCUGUGCUGCAAGAUGAAACUCAAUGGGAGAAACCACAUAAAUUCUACCCAGAGCACUUUCUGGACUCUGCGGGAAAGUUUGUAAAGAGAGACGCAUUCAUGCCUUUCUCUGCAGGUCGAAGAAUGUGUGCAGGGGAAACCCUGGCCAAAAUGGAGCUCUUCUUGUUCUUUACGAGUCUCCUCCAGAGAUUCACUUUCCAGCCUGCCCCCGGAAUGUCUAAAGAAGACCUGGACUUGACACCCAUGGUUGGAUUUGCAACACCUCCAGUACCUUACAAGUGCUGUGCUUUGUCACACUCUUAACAUUCAUCUUGCUUAUAU